AUAUUUGAACAGAGUGUACACACACCCCCUUAACCAGGGUACUUCUUCAGCCUUCCCAGGGAACCAGUGAAUGCUUCCAGACUCCCUCUUUGAUGCCACCCACUGGAUUUACUUUUGGGGUCUAUAAAUGAAGAGAGCCAAAUCUUGGAUAAUUAGCAAUGGAAGAAAAAAUCUCUAGGAGAACAGCAUCCAUACCCCAGUUUACCAAUUCUCCCACGAUGGUGAUCAUGGUGGGUUUACCAGCUCGAGGCAAGACUUAUAUCUCCACGAAGCUCACACGGUAUCUCAACUGGAUAGGAACACCAACUAAAGUGUUUAAUUUAGGCCAGUAUCGACGAGAGGCAGUGAGCUACAAGAACUAUGAAUUUUUUCUCCCAGACAACACGGAGGCCCUACUUAUCAGAAAGCAGUGUGCCUUGGCAGCCCUGAAGGAUGUCCAUAACUAUCUGAGUAAUGAGGAAGGUCAUGUUGCGGUUUUUGAUGCCACCAACACUACCAGAGAACGGCGGUCAUUGAUUCUGCAGUUUGCUAAAGAACAUGGUUACAAGGUCUUUUUCAUCGAGUCCAUUUGUAAUGAUCCUGGUGUCAUUGCUGAAAACAUCAGGCAAGUGAAACUUGGCAGCCCUGAUUACAUAGACUGUGACCGGGAAAAGGUUCUGGAAGACUUUCUAAAGAGAAUUCAGUGCUACGAGGUCAACUACCAGCCUUUGGAUGAGGAACUGGAUAGCCACCUGUCCUACAUCAAGAUCUUCGAUGUGGGCACACGCUACAUGGUGAAUCGAGUGCAGGACCACAUCCAGAGCCGCACAGUCUACUACCUCAUGAACAUCCACGUCACACCUCGUUCCAUCUACCUAUGCCGGCAUGGAGAGAGUGAACUCAACCUCAGAGGCCGCAUUGGAGGUGACUCAGGUCUCUCAGCUCGGGGAAAACAGUAUGCCUAUGCCCUGGCCAACUUCAUUCAGUCCCAGGGCAUCAACUCCCUGAAGGUGUGGACCAGCCACAUGAAGAGAACCAUCCAGACAGCUGAGGCCCUGGGCGUCCCUUAUGAGCAGUGGAAGGCCUUGAACGAGAUUGAUGCGGGUGUCUGUGAAAAGAUGACUUACGAAGAAAUCCAACAACACUACCCUGAAGAAUUUGCACUACGGGACCAAGAUAAAUACCGCUACCGCUACCCUAAGGGAGAGUCCUAUGAGGACUUGGUUCAGCGUCUGGAGCCAGUUAUAAUGGAGCUAGAACGACAGGAGAAUGUACUGGUGAUCUGCCACCAAGCUGUCAUGCGGUGCCUCCUGGCCUACUUCCUGGAUAAAAGUUCAGAUGAGCUCCCCUAUCUCAAGUGCCCUUUGCACACAGUGCUCAAACUCACACCUGUGGCUUACGGCUGCAAAGAGGAGUCCAUCUACCUGAAUGUGGAGGCUGUGAACACACACCGGGAGAAGCCCGAGAAUAUGGAUGUCACCCGGGAACCUGAGGAAGCCUUGGACACUGUUCCUGCCCACUACUGAGCUCUUUUCAAGAGCUCAAACUGCCUCUGUACUCACGGUCUUCCACCUUUAAGAACUGCUCUACUCACUUUUCUUCUACCAUAAGAAGACUCUGGCCUUGGCCUCACUGGGAAAACCAUGCUUCCAGCAAAGAAGUCCUCAAACAGCUCCAAAACCAGUCUCAAUUCCUGGCCACAACCAAGGAGAUGUCUAAGUCUGAAGUUCGCUCUUAAUUUCUCUUCGCUAAUAAAAUCUUCUCUUACUGCCUACAGAAGUAAAGGGAGAGAUCAUGGUGAGGCUUCUCCCAUUGUUCUUGAGAUCUUGAUCCUGUAAAGUGGCUCUGGUGCUGUGGGGGGUGUGGAAUGGGUGAAAACUUCCUGGAGGGAAGAGUUCUGGAUUAACACCUUCAAAGGUGGGAGAAAGAUAGAUCCUUUCACCUGUGAGCCUUGUUCCUUAGUGGGCAGGGGUAGCUGGGAGCAUGACACUUUCAUCCUUACACUCAUAGAAGAAUCUGGCACUUAGGCCAAGUGCUCUUCUCUAACUCUUGCUGGCAUUCUCAAUUUCACUGUCUGUAUGAAUAACCCAGUCAACAUCCUGGCCUUCCACUCCUUUUCCUUGACUCCAGUGAGCAUCUUCCCCCUUUAGUCACCCUCUACUUGGACCUUGGCAUCAUCUCACCAGACUACCUUCAUAAAUGCAAGCAUCAUCUCACUAUCUAACCACCCCCACCCUAGUCUUUACAACAUCUGUAUCAUCCCCAUGGCCCCUAGCAGUAUGCCUAGGCAUAGUAUGAGUGCCUAGGCAUAGCAUGAGUGUAACAUUUUUUGAAUGAACAAUAGUUGUUAUUGUACUGCAUCAAGAGUACAGCCCAUUUAAUUCUUCCAAUGUCUCCCUGUCUAUCAGUACUCUCCUUCCUCUGUGUUCUUCCA